AUGGAUUUUAGCUUUCCAAUCAUCUCCCUACUCCUUCAUUUUCUUGUCGUUGUUUCUUUGUUUUGUACUGUUAAUUGUUUAGAAACAAGCAGUCCAUUAGUCAAUCAAACUUUUCAAUCAGGAGAAGAAUUUCACAAGUUGAAAAAGAAUAUUGCUACCCGUCUAAACCGAAUCAACAAGUUUACACUUAAGACCAUUCAAAGUCCUGAUGGAGAUAUAAUAGAUUGUGUUUUGACACAUAAACAACCAGCUUUUGAUCAUCCUCUUUUGAAAGGACAAAAACCUUUGGAUCCUCCAAAGUUACCAAGAGGACAUAAUCAAAUGGGUAAUUUGAGUGAGAACUUUCAAAUUUGGAGUUUAUCGGGUGAAUCAUGUCCCGAUGGAACAAUACCAAUUAGACGAAUAACAGAACAAGACAUCUUAAGAACAAAGCGUACUAGCGGAUUUGAAACAAAAUUCAGUGACGGCAUUGAACACCUACAUGCAACUGCGAGAUACCGUGGGGGAGACAUGUAUGGAGCAAAGGCUAGCAUAAAUGUGUGGAUACCACAUAUAGAAAAUCCAAAUGUAUUCAGCUUGUCUCAAAUCUGGGUAAUGUCUGGUACAUCUGGAAAAGACCUCAACACCAUUGAAGCUGGUUGGCAGGUAUAUCCGUAUAUUUACAAAGACAACCGCUCUAGAUUAUUUGUUUAUUGGACGGCUGAUGAUUAUCAACAUACUGGUUGCUACAAUUUAGACUGUCCAGGCUUUGUUCAUACCAACAAAAAAAUUGCACUUGGAGCUGCAAUUUCUCCAACUUCUACAUAUAAUGGAAAUCAAUUUGACAUUACCUUAUCCAUAUGGAAGGAUGUAAAGACUGGAAACUGGUGGCUGGAUUAUGGAUCUGGGAAUUUCAUUGGUUACUGGCCAUCAUCCUUAUUCACAAACUUGAAGGAAGUUGCCACUGAAGUUCAUUGGGGUGGAGAAAUAACAAAUAAUCAUUCUCCACAAGCUUCUUCCACCCAAAUGGGUAGUGGAAACUUUUCUGAGGAGGGUUUUAAAAAAGCUUCAUUUUUUAGAAAUAUUGAAGUUCUAGAUUCUGAUAACACAUGGAUUCCAUUGUUUGCAGAACCUAGUUAUUUUACAACUAAUGCAAAUUGUUAUAAUAUAAAAGGAGGAAGUAAUCGUGAUUGGGGAAAUCACUUUUACUAUGGUGGACCUGGUAAGAAUAACAAUUGUCCUUAA